GAAAAUCAGCUGAGAAAUUUGAAGCCACAACGUGUCACAGGUGCUCCUAGAAGAAGCAGCCAUGCCUUUUUCUUGACAUCCAUUAUCACCUGGCAAAAGCUGAGAGUUUACUGAAAAUUAGGUGUCCUUCAAUAAUGGUAACUUUUUCUAUAUUUCAUCCAUUUAUCGCAUAUCAGAUAAUUGAAUAUUCCUGAGAUGCGCUAAACUUCAAGACAAAUCGUACGAUGCAACAUUAGACAUCAAUGAAAUGUUCCGGUGUUGUUGCAACGUGACGGGUCUGCAACGACUUUUAACGAGACUCCAUGGCACGGUGAAGACUAACGCACUCGUGGAUCGACUCACACCCAAACUGCGAAAGGACAUCCUCAAGAAUGGAUUGGAUCCAAUGAGCCUUCCGGAGCUGGAUACAGAGGUGCUGGGUAACAUCGUGGCGCUGUCGGAGGGCUCUCUGGAGGGCCUGUCGACCAUCCACCGGAGCGGCGACUCGCACCUGAGUACCGGCGAGACCGAGUGGGUGUCGGUCCAGGCCGGGCUGAGCUUCUCGCGCCUCUCGGCCAGCUACGAGAUCGGCGUGGAGCCGGCCGGUGCCGAGCUCUCGGUCCUGAUCGAGCUGUGCGACACAGAGGCGCGCUUCCAGCUCAGCAUCUCGGCCAAGACGCUCAAGGCCAGACUGGACAGAUUUGAAAUCACCGACAUGGGAGAUGUGACUGUCGACACCAAGGACUUCUCUCUUGGCUUCCUUCUGGAUCCACUUAUAAACAGCAUUAUAAAGCUUCUUAAAACGAAAAUCGCCGCCGUCAUCUCAAAAGCUCUUUUUAAUACCAUGAGAGAGGCACUUGGUGACAUGGAUCUUAACGCCACCAUAAAAAGUAUUGAUUAGUUUCUGUAAAAUGAAAUUUGCAUUUGCUAGGAUCUACUUAUAAUUAUUUUUGGGGAAUAAUAGUCAUAUAAAAAGGACAGCCGGUAUUUAUUUAGAAAAGACCUUUACUUUGUCCAAAAUGUUAUCCCGAUGGAACAAUUACUGACAUUGGAUCGCAUCUCGCGGACUGACUGCCUCAAGCUUUCAUCAAUAAAUGAGCGGCCACCGAAAA